AUUUCAUAUUCAUAUAUUCACGUGCUCGUAUUCCUGUACAGAGUACACGUUAUUUAUUGCCUUCCUCCUGCUUCUCCUCACCAAUAUCACCGCACUUCUCUCUCUCUAUCUUUCUUUAUUCUUAACAUUUCCAUUCGCUUUUGUUUCCUUUUAUUCCACGAAGCCGAAACUUGUUUAACGCUAAUUAAAGUCCCUCCCCGAAAACUGCUUCAUUAAGUCAACUAACUGUUAUUUCAAUCGAGCUAAAUUAUUUGCAAAAUAUAAUUAAUAAUGCAGAGUUCGAUAUUCCUGCUCACAUCAUCCAAAUUUAAUGAGACGUUUUUUCAAUCGAGAAGCGAGCACAAAUAAUAGAUACCAACUCAUUCGAUUAUUCCGUUUAAUGCAAACUUCUUUCGCUUGUAAUUAGCGAUUCGCGAAACAUUUCCAACAAAAACUCAAUUCCAUCGAAAACUUCGUUAAACAAGUUUGAACAAUGGUUCAGCUAGGUAAAUUACCGAUCAAAAUACUGGAAUUUCAGCUGCUGUGGCCGGAAAAGAUUAACUUCAGCUACAUUUUUAAAAUUGCUGUAUUCAUCUCCUAUAUGACCAUCUGCGCCAUCGGGAUGAUUGGCCAUUUUGUAUACUCCUACGUUAACGAUGAGUUUACCUAUUUAAACAUCGCCGACGAUAUGGCCGGUUGUUUGGCAACUCUUUCAGCAAUCUACGUGAUGUUGGUCCACAUAAAUAAUGUAGGAUCUUCGAGGGAACUGUUGCAAAGAUUAUCCGAUUUUACGAUGCACGAGAAACCCAAAGACGUCGAUGUUCUGGAUAAGCACCUGAACUUUGUUAGCGUCAUCGCCUGCGUUCUUCUCUACAUUUCGAUGUUUCUUCAAUGGGUUGUAGGCAUAAUGUCCAACUGUCCAGAAACUGGAGAGAUUUCCGAUUGCAGCUUCAUAGUCACCGCAUAUCUACCCGAUCCGUUCAACAUCUUCAUAAGUCCGUAUAGACAGAUUUUCAUGACGUUGCAGAUAUCUUCAGCAUUCAUAUGCGGUAUCUGCGCGUUCUUCUGCCUCUGGAUUCAAGUCUGCAUUUCCCAGUUCAUUGUAAGCAGGCUGAAACAUCUCAAGUUUAUGUUGAAGGAAAUGUUGGUGAUGAAUAGUCGCGAGAAGCGACGUAGGCACAUCAAGACCUGCGUUCUAUACCAAUACAACAUCAACGAGAUAUGGUUCGACUUCAACAAUAGCUCGAAGAAUAUCUUCCUAAUCCAUAUUACAGUAUCGCCAGUUGUCAUGAGCAUGAUUGCUUAUCAAUUGCUCUACCAAUUCAAGUUUGUGAAUUUCGUACACUUGGUUGUCUGGAACUUGGCGGUACUUAGUGAGACCCUCAUGGAUACUGCAUAUGAUAGUAUACCAUUUGAUGAAGAUUAUGAAACCACGAAGGACAUGCUUCUGAUCAUGAAGAGGGGGAAGUAUGCAAUGUACAUCUCUGCAGGUGAUUUCGCUAUUUGCAGACAUGUAACUUAUAUGACGAUCAUGAAAACUAUGUACUCUUAUCUAACUAUAUUGACCAAAACUUAGAUUCAUAAAUUACGCUUGCUAAGUUCCCUAUUCAACAAAAACACAACUUAAAAUUAAUUAUGGAUUUUAAA